AUGACACAGAGAGCUCGUCUGCUGGAACUCGCGAAAAAGAUCAGGACAGUAGACAUAGAGGAGAAUAUUGAGGCCGAGUCAGAAGCGUGCGCUAUUUCCCCUCAAAAGCUUCAGUCCGACUCCGAUGAGGGAACCGAUUCCUCCCACCUGGAGACUAAAAAGCAAAUUGAGAAACUUCGCCUUACUUAUGGCAAUGAAUGGUUAAAGACCGGUAAUGCCGAGAUGAUGCUGGGAAUCGAAUCGCCGCAGCCUUCUGAACUAGAGCGCGACAAUGCUCGUCAGCUGUUCAAUGAGUUCUUGGGGGAAUUUUCAGGUUCAUCAAGCAUAAUAGUUAAUUCUCAAGCGGAUCCUGAACAUCUCCAAAUUUUCUCUACUCCAGCGAAUAACGUUUUGUUAAAUACAACCUUUGACACCACUCUGACGGAUGCGAACGAUACAAGUGGGCUACAUUUUUAUGAGACCUGCACUGAAGGAGAAGUGACAAACUACGAUAGCAUCGUCAGCACCACAAAGGAAUUGCGGGCGGAGGAGUCACUGCCUGAUAAGCACGAAGAGUUUUUUAGGCUCUUUGCAAAUAGCUCAAGUGCUGUUUACUCGUCCGAUGCCGAAUCUGACAAGGAAACCUUCAUAGUCUAUCAUGAGCAAAAGCCGAGCGAUGUUCUUUUUUUCACCACAUCUUCAAAUUUUAUACGUGAAAAAGAUUCGCUAACCGAUAGGACUAAAACCAAAUGGAGUCUAAAAAUACUGGAGUCAUGCGAGCGAGUAAAGUGCAAUACCUUACGAAUAAUAUUCGACACGAUGCGUAAGGAUAAACAGGAGGGAAUCUAUUGUGUUGAGAGUACAUUCUGUCAGGAACUGGAAAAGAAACUGCGAGACAUUCUCUGUCAGCGUGAUCUGAACGAAAUGAACAUUUCCAUUUAUCGCUGUGUUAGUUGUCUAACUCAAUUUACCAUUGAGCAAAAAGGCAAGCGACAUAAAAAAAAGGACUUGAGAUGUCUAGACUAUCGUAGUGCAUACGUGGCCGAAGUAACUGAGUUGUCUUCCUCUUUGACCAAACAUUCGGAGGAAGUGGUGGCAGAGCACAAACAUUCCCCCCCAGACAUAUUGAUGGAGGAAACGCUUGUUGAGACACUUAAACCCAUUAAAUAAAAUAAAGUUUACGAGAGAUCCUCAUUAUAAUAUAUUGACAUUUUAGGUUCCGGCAAUUCACUAAGCGAGAGCAGCUCUUGCUCGAAAAUUACUAACUCGCAGAGCUCUUUUGACUCUAAUCAGUCCGUUGUGGGUAGCUCUAACACGGAUCGUGAUAUAGAGUUUCGGGCUAACGAAAGUGAUGUGGACAUCAUCUCCAAUCCGAGCCAGUCAAGCAUAGAGGUGAUAGAUCCAAACUACGCACAGAGCACUAGUCGCAAGACCUUAGAAGAGCGCCAUCUGUCACAUCUCGAAACGAUAAGCGAUGAAAAAGGGCAAUCUAAAAGGUUCUUAGAUCGAAAGUUCGAUUUAAUUCAGGCGGAACAGGGUCAGACUGCAGCUCCCGUAUCAUUAUCUGUGUCCCAAGUUCCGCUCACAGAAGGCAGCUCGUCAGGAUCUAUUACCGACAGCAUUUGUACAACCUACGAGCAGCUGGGCAUUGAUGGGCCAACAAGUCUUUCAAAUUUGCUGCUUUCCGAAUCUUUAAAUAGUCAAAUAAGUAGCUCAAAUACGGACUCAAUAAGCCGUUUAAAAAGAGCUGAUGGAGUCAGCCGUUUACCGUUUGCAGCCGUAUUUCGUUCAACUAAUCUGCUCAUGUCCAGCUCAAAGAAGAUGGUAGACUCUGAAGCUAAUGUCUUGGGUACUCAGCCCUACAAAUUUAACUACAUUGACUUUGAUGAUAUCGAUCACCGUCUAAAACUCUUCUUCUACCAGAGCAAGUUUAAGGAGGAUGGUGAACAUUUUAAGUGGUUGGCAAAGGGACGCGUCUUUAACGAGCAGACCCAGGUCCUGGGAGAAGGACUCGUGGUGAUGUCCAACUGCAAUUGCUUUUUAAUGGAAUCCUUUGCAUUACCCCAAGACGAUGUGGCCAAGUGGCUUCGGCAAGUCGUCAGAGUGUCGGUUAGUCGAUUAAAGGCGGUUGAACUGCUGCCCUGGAAGCUUGGAUUAUCCUUUACCUUAAAGGAUUGGGGCGGAUUUAUGUUGCUGUUGCACGACAUGCUUACGACCGAUAGCUUACUUCUUUUCUUGCGACAUCACCCUCUACCAGAGCAGUGCAAACUUAAUUACAAACCAUCCACCACCCUCAGCAAUCCGUUGCAAACUAUUGCAUCCGAACCAGUUAAAAUGUGCUCCCUGCUUCGUAGCAGCCAAUGGAUUCGUGAACAAGAGAAGAAGAACUUUGAACACUGUCUGCUCCUAAUUACAGAGUCACAUUUGUACAUAUCGGCAAAUUUAAAACUCUCGUGGCUUUCAAACAAAAUUCAGGAUAAAUCCACGCAACCGGAACUUACCCUUAGACAGCCCAUGAGCAACUUAGUAGACGUGGAACGCAUUACGGAUAAAAAAUAUGUGAUGAACUUUAGCGACGAGACCCAAAACAAGUGCGAGAUGUGGCAGUUGCUGUUCGAAACGCAUUACAAUUCCACGUGUUGUCUGAAUGUCAUCGGUAAGACAUGGGAGCAGCUGUUUGGCGUUCCAUUCAGCCUAUCUAAAACUUAGCAGAGCUCAACGCCAAGGAACCAACUAGAACGGAUUACCAUACAUUUCAAUUUAUUGUGCAAAGCUUAGAAUUGUUGAUCUUUGUUGACUACGUUAUUUAAUAUCACAUUAGUUUUCUUAACUUAACCUUCGUAUUUGUGAGUCGUUGGCUAGGUUUUUUUUAGUUAUGCAAAAGUGGUGCUUGCCGACCAAAUAAAUGUAAAUAUUUUAAAAUGUAAAGGUUAUUUUCUAAAUCGCUGCAAUAUAUACAAACAAAAAAUAUUAA